CCAGCUCAAACGAGACAAACCCGCCCAGCAAACCCAAACCCCAUUAACGCGCCUCGCGUCUCACCGCCAGACGCGUUCCACGCAAUCGACCAUGAAGGGCCUCGCCCUCGCAUAUUGUCGAACCCAUCGACACACCGCAUUUCCCCUCAACAGAAGAUCUCUAUUCUCUCCAUCUCUCCUACUCACCUACCCUAACAAGAUCAUGACCAAGGAGACCACUCCUCCCAUCGAAUCUACCACCACCACCACCACCACCACUCACGAACCCCCCUCCCUCCCGGCCUCCCCGCUCGCCAAACGCACCAAGCCCUCCACCACCACCACCGAAGAACAACCCCCCAAAAUGGGCUCCAACGACAGCACCCCCUCCCUGCUGGUGAAGAAGCUCACCGAGUCCGGCCGUGCCCCGACCCGGGGCUCCGCCUUCGCGGCCGGCUACGACGUCUACAGCUCCAAGGACACCGUCAUCCCAGCGAAGGGCAAGGCGCUUGUGGACACGGGAAUCGCCAUCGCCGUGCCCGUGGGAACCUACGGCCGCAUCGCGCCCCGCAGCGGCCUCGCCUCGAAACACUUCAUCGACACCGGAGCCGGUGUCAUCGACGCUGAUUACCGUGGUGAGGUGAAGGUUUUGCUGUUUAACUUCUCCGAUGUGGAUUUCACGAUCAAGGAGGGUGAUCGGAUUGCGCAGUUGGUGCUGGAGCGGAUCUACACCCCCGAAGUGAUGGUCGUCGAGGAGCUGGAGGAGAGUGUCCGUGGCGCUGGCGGUUUCGGCAGCACGGGAAACUAAAUUCUAUCUAACCCAACCUAACUGGAUUAUAUGAUUUUCUGGGAUGGGAUGAAACGGAGUGAAGAAACAAAAAGGGUACUAGAUUUGGAUGGAUGGAUGGAUGGAUGGAUGGCGCAGGAUUACAAAAGACACAUAGGCAUAAGUGCAUCGUCAUGGGUUAUGGGUCACUGGAUGAUGGUUUCUCUCAUGAUGCAUGCUUGCAUGAUAUAUAACGGAAAUACCUAGGAAGGAAUAGGAAUUGAU